AAUACAAAAAAGAAAAGAAAAAUGUUUUGCAGCACAAGAAAACAAAAACAAAAACAUUAAGUUAAUAAGUAAGCAAAGGCAGAGGCAAAGGCAAAUGCAUACUCUCUCUCUCUCUCAUCAAACCAGACCAAGUCUUGUUUUUCACUCUUCUUCUUUCUUAUUUUUCUUGUUCUCCUACCAAAUCAAGCUUAAAUUGAACUAACUAAACUAACCCUUUGAAAAAGAGAUUUUCUUUCUUUGUUUCUGUAAAUUUUUGUGGUUUUUGAGUGGUGGUGGAGCUGGUGUUGAAGAAGAAGAAGAAGACAUCAAAAUGGAAACCACAAUAACAAGAAUGUUACAAGAAAACAAGAACCCAUCUACCUUAAACUCACCAAAGAGUGUUGGAAGCAAUACCAUCAGCAGUAGCAACAGCAAUGGUGUCCAAAUUCACACCCCACCACUCACGCCAAUUCCCGUCUCCAGAUCUACAGAAACUAACCCUUACCCAACGACUUUUGUUCAAGCAGACACAACCAACUUCAAGCAAGUAGUUCAAAUGCUGACUGGUUCUUCUGAAACCGCCAAGCAAGCUUCAUUGAAACCGGUUGCGCCAACAGAUCCAUCUUCCUCGUCGAACAAGUCGUCUUUUGUCAUUCCGCCCAUUAAGACCACCACUCCGAAGAAGCAAAGUUUUAAGCUUUAUGAAAGGAGAGCUAACAACUUCAAGAACAGUCUCAUGAUCAAUACUUUGAUACCAAGUUUUGCUAAUAAUUCUGGGUUUUCUCCUAGGAAUAAGCCUGAAAUCUUGUCUCCAAGUUUGCUUGACUUUCCGAAACUUGCACUUAGUAGUCCUGUUACACCACUAAAUGAAGACCCUUUCAACAAGUCUUCUCCUUCUUUAGGAAACUCAUCAUCAGAGGAAGAGAGAGCCAUAGCUGAGAAGGGAUUUUAUAUGCAUCCAUCACCAAUAUCAACUCCAAGAGAUCAUGAGCCACAGCUUUUGUCACUGUUUCCUGUAACUUCACCUAGAGUUUCAGGCUCAUCUGCCUGACAAAAAAAAAAAAAUGUAAUUUGAGAAUGGUUUUAAGAGGAAGUUUGAUGGGUUUUGGAUGAUUUUCAGGCAGGAAAAGUAGAGGAUCUUGUUCCAAUUGUACAAUUUGAUCUCUUUUCCAUAAUAUGGUAAGCUUCUAAUUAAUUUUCUUUCUUUUGUGUAUUUUUUUUCUUUUUAAAAAUUUUCCAUCCUCUGUCAAAUAAAACUCUAAAUAUGAAUUGAAUUCUAAUUUCUUAA